AAUCGGAUAGAAGAUCAAUAAUCUUCCGCUUUAACAUAAUAAUAAAGAAGGCUAAACCACUAGGCAAGGAACUCUAUCAAAGCGGUGAGAGUAACUUCUUGAGAAUUCGUGAUGGUUGGUGACGAUGUCAUCAACAUGUACCAAUAACAAAAUUCUUUUGGCUAGAUAAUAGUAAAAAUAAUGAACGGUUCAUCUCUAAUCUCGAAACGAAGAGAGGUUAAACCGUAAAACUGUGAAUUAAAGUUCAUAUAGAUCCACCCAUAUUUCCUUGUAAGUUUUCAUACUCUUCCACGUGCAUACUCAACUAUUGUGCGUAAUUUAAAGAAUGCAACAACAGAAAGAGUGUCAAAGAGGUGGAUUGGAUUGUAUUCACAAUUCAUUUGACAGUUGAGACGUGUGAGCUUCAUCUUCAUCUUCAUCUUAUUGUUAAAUUUACGGUGAUAAAAACAAACAAAAUUAAUAGAAGAAGGAAGAAAGAAAGCAAGUAUUGAGAAAUCCCAAGGGCCAAGACACAGACGCUACUUUACAGAUCUUUCUUUGUUCUUCCCUGAACGGCUCUCUGUUUUUUCCUUUUUUCCUUUUCCCCUAAGCCACUGAAAAAACAAGUUAGAAUCCGGUUCCGCCAUUGAUAUCUUCUCCUCGAGCUCAUAAAGUUUUGAUCUUUUCAUGAUAUUCUCCUUCAAGACCCCAACCCCCCUAUCUGAUCGAUCGAUUGCCAGCAGCCGUUUCUUGGCAUCUUUGGUUCCCAGGUAAACCCUUCGACUUUACUCUGCUUUUUGUCGUCUCUGCAAACUCAACCCCGAUAAUCCACUUCCAUCCCUAAAACUUCUCUCAGACCAGAGAUAGAUUUCAGAAUUCCUCUGAUAGUUCCCGAGAAUUUGUCAAGUUAGCUAAUUUAUGCUGUAAAGCAAUCGCAAUCGCAGUUGGAGAAUCGAGGUCACACAACUUUGCCGCCAAAAAUCCGCCAUGGCUUCUCUCUGAUUCUCCACCGAUUGAAUCCGAAUCAGAAAAGGGGUUUUACAGUUCGAUGGCGGGAGGCAGCUGGGAGAGACAAGAGGACGAGGAAAAGAGAGAGAAAGAAUCAUGGAUAGGGAGAGUGAAAUCAGGAGGAGCUGUUCCACUGCUGGAUCCGGAGAAUUGCGCCAAUGGAUGGGCGUCACCGCCAGGAAGCAAAUUCAUGGUUCGAGGCCCUGAGUACUUGAAGACCAAGGUCAAGAUUCCAGCUGGAGACUACCUCCUGAAGCCGAUCGGGUUCGAUUGGAUCAAGGGUCCGACCAAAAUCUCUGAAAUUCUGAAAGAUCCAACCACUAGAGUUAGGAGAGCUCUCGACGAGGCAUUCCCCCAAAGUGAUGCAAUAGGAAACCCUAAUUCUAAUCACAAUCAGAAACAACCCUUUGUUUGGGCUUUCAACUUGCAGGUGCCCAGCAAGGACAACUACAGCGCAGUGGCUUAUUUCGCCUCGUUCGAUCCUGUCCCGGAGGGAUCGCUAAUGGAUAAAUUCUUGAAAGGGGAUGAUGCAUUCAGGAACUCAAGGCUGAAGCUGAUUGCCAACAUUGUGAAGGGACCUUGGAUCGUGAGGAAGGCGGUAGGGGAUCAGGCGGUUUGCUUGAUUGGCAAGGCAUUGAACUGCAAGUACACUGUUGGGGAGAGGUUUAUGGAGGUGGAUGUGGAUAUCGGCUCUUCGGUUGUGGCGAAUGCGAUUGUGCACCUCGCAUAUGGGUACAUUACUCUGCUGACUGUUGAUAUCGGUUUCGUGAUUGAAGGGUUAACCGAAUCUGAGCUUCCGGAGCAGCUCCUGGGCGCGUUUAGAUUCUCUGAGCUCGACCCGGGUUCUGCCUCGAUGCUGAAACCCUCGUCGAAUGGCCUGCAGCAGCAGUCUUCACUGUCGACCAGGUUGUGGAAGUCGAUUGGGUUAUGAGUUUGCCUGAUGAUCCAAAACAAGAACAGCAGCAGGAGGGAAAAAGGUUUUAGAAAGAUAGGGUGGUUACCCUUUUCUAGGUGACCCAAAUUGUAAGCUACUUUUGCUUAGUUGCCAUUUGCAGAUGGUAUGAUGGAUUAUUUUGUGGCAUAUCAUUCAAAGGGAUUCACUCAUUUGAGCACAGGCUUGCCGCAGCAGCAGGAAGUACAUGACAAAGUUUAGUGCAAAGUCGUUGCAGACUUUUGUUCUUCGGAGCGUUUCUGGGAUUUGUUUCUUGCAUCUUAAUCAAAACUCUAAUUAAGGUGCCGACUAUACGUGUAACAAAACCUUUUCUGUAUGUUUGUGUGAACUGACACAUUGUGGUUAGUCGUAGUAACACAUCAGCUGCAUUUCCUUCCUAUCAGACUGAAAUUUGGUAAUCCAAACUACCCAAGGAGAACUCCUGAAUGCUCUCAAGUGCGAUCGUUUGCUUGCUGUUACAUGUUGAGAUUACGGUCACAUUGGGAUCGCCUUAUUGACACACUAACACAGAAGGCAACUAGUUUAUGUACAAAUCAAACCAUGUACCGGUUUGUUUGUACCAAAUUCAAUCUCUGGCAACACAGAAUUGCUAAACCAUACAAGGCAAUGCCAAUCAGUUUGUACUUUCUACCGAAUUCGAUAAGGUGCCAACAUCAAGUUUUGCCAUUUCCUCAUUCCUCUACGAUUUAUAGAUGGUGAAUAUGAAAUAAAAAUUGUCCGACAAG